GAAAAGUAUGAAAUAGUGAUACCAUAUUUAAUUAUUGAGGUCAAAGCUUUUCAGACAUCUUGAAACAGAGCUGCAGGAUGCUUCUCCAGGCUGACAGACUGUCCUCUCAGUUUCCACUCAGACCUCUCAGUGUUUUGGUUUUCCAUCUGCUCCUCACACACUCCUGUAGAGGUCAGUCUCAGUUAAUCGGUCCUCCUCAGCCUAUAGUGGCAACACUUGGACAAGAUGUGAUUUUGCCGUGUCACCUGGAGCCUGAGAUGGAUGUUACUGCAGACACGUUGGAGUGGACGAAAUCUAACGUGUACCCAAGAUUUGUCAAUGUGUGGCGUGCUGGUCAGGUAUUCGAAAGGGACAUAAAUCCUUCCUACAAAGGGAGAACCUCGCUGUUCAGAGAUGAGCUGAAGCAUGGAAACAUUGCACUGAAACUCUCCGAAGUACAACUCUCUGAUCUGGGAACGUAUACAUGUGAUAUUCCUCUAAAGUAUGAACAUUCGUUUGUUAAGCUAGUUUUUGCUUCAGGUCCUUCCUCUCCGCCUCUCAUCAGUUUAUCAGGGCUGGACGCUCACAGCAGAGGAGUGGUGUUGCAGUGUGAGUCUGCAGGCUGGUAUCCGGAGCCUGAGGUGUUGUGGCUGGACGCUGAGGGAAAGCUCCUCUCUGCUGGACCUACAGAGACAGUCAGAGGUCCUGAUUACCUCUAUACUGUCAGCAGCAGAGUGACUGUGAAGAAGAGACACAGCAACAGCUUCACCUGCAGAGUGCAGCACCAGAACACCAACCGCACCACACAGACACACUUCAGCAUUUCAGAUGAUUUCUUUACGUUCCAGUCCAGUUCUUCUCCUGUCAUUACUGGUCUGGCCGUCAGUUUGGCUGUUUGCAUUCUGUUGAUUUUAAUUUUUGUGUGGAAGCAGAGAAAAAACUCCUCCGUCAGCCUCACACCAGCAAAUACUUCCUAUGGUACAAUAUAGUACGGGGGUCCUCUCACUACAAGUGGAAAUAAACUCCUCAGCAUCCCUGAUCCCUCUCAACCAAGUGGAGCCGUCGAGACCCUCGCAGUGAAAGGAGACAGACUCCUUUUCAAAGAGCUGCAGUCGGGUUGGAACGAUACGGAAAGCUGCUUCUGAUUGAAAAACAAAUAUAAAAACUCACUGGAAAAGUCUGACAUAAAUCAAGUUAUCAAUACAAAUGCAGCCCGUAGUGAUAUUCCCUCUCAAUGUGCACAGUUAGUGUAAAAAGUCCUGCUUACCGUUGUUCUGAACAUGUGCACCGAGGAUAAUGAGCAUCACUGAACAGACAAAGGAAGAAAACUGAGUAUUAACCAUUAUCGGUAUUUCGAUCUCUCUGACUGUACACACAACUGGAAGAUUGACAAUAAAGUUGACUUUGACUUAUC